ACAGUCUUAAUCUAUUCUUUAGGGUGCACAUUUAGUCUGUUUUGGUACGUUUCAUACUCUUCGGGGUUGUGGCUUCUCAGUUAUAUCUGCCUAUGACCCAAUACAAGAGAAAAUUCCUCGGUGCUCUCAAAAUUUAUUGUGGACACCAAAAUCGGAUAGAUGCGACAAAAUGAACAGAUCUUACCGUUUAGGAAAUAAAAGUAGAAGUAGUCUCUGUAGGUAGAAGCUUUAAUCCCAAAAUGGCGCUUUGGGGGUACGGAUUUAACAAGGAGACGAGGAAUCACAGGAAUAGACGGUACUAUGGCAUUUUCUAUCUCGCAUCCAUGUUCACCCUGCCGUACUUCACCUACCACUUUUGUGGAAACACCAUCGUAACCAAGUGGUUCCUCAAGAAUAUCAUUCCUGUAUACUACCCGCCUGAAUCUGACCCUAAGAUUAUAUCAAGGAUUUAUCACUCAAAGGAUGACUGAAUGAAGCAAAAAUUAUCAUUAAAUGGGCUACAUGAGCGCAUUAGUGUGACAGUUGUUCAUACGACCGGAGGAUGUUUCUGAAAGACUGGCAACUAUAUGCUGUAAAGCGUUGUAAAUGACUGAUUUGCGAGAAACUAAUAUCUAGGAAGAAUAUCUACUGAAUCUGAAUAAAUUAUGUAUAAUUACCUUUGGUAAAUGGACUAUCAUUGUUUUGUAACUUUCACUGUAUACUUGAAUGCAUUGGUGCUAAUGGUUAUUGUCAAUAUGUACUGCUUCAUCUCCCUCUAAAUUUCUACUAUUCACCUAACUUUAAACAACCGAUGGAUAAAGUAAUCACAAGUAUUCCACUAUGAAUGUAAAAAUUUGAUGUCAUGUAUUUUAUCAAGUUAUUCUAUUUUC